UGCAAAACCCAAAGGAGGAGAUAAGGGAAUUUCAGAACACAGUGGAAAAAGAAAAAGAAAAACACAAUGGAGAAUAAUCUUAUUAUUAUAUCCAGUAAAUCAAGGCCUCCUCUUUCAGUCCCUUCUUACAGUGCCACCCAUUUUGAAUGCCAUAACUCAACAAGGUUCCAUGCAAAUUCCAACAAUAUCUCUAUGAACAAAAGGUUACACCCAAAAUUAAUAGAUGCCCAGUUGAACCAGCUAUGCGUUAAUGGCCCACUGAGUGAGGCUGUGGCAAUUCUUGACUCACUGGGUGAGCAAGGGUCUACGGUGAGACCCAUCACCUACAUGAACCUGCUACAGUCAUGUAUUGACAGAGACUGCAUUUGGGUGGGUAGGGAGUUGCACGCUCGGAUUGGAUUGGUGAGAAAGGUGAACCCUUUUGUGGAGACCAAGCUGAUCAGCAUGUAUGCUAAAUGCGGGCAAUUGGAGGAUGCCCGGAAAGUGUUUGAUGAAAUGCGUGAGAGGAAUUUGUUCACUUGGUCUGCUAUGAUUGGCGCUUGCUCUAGAGACCAGAGCUGGGAGGAAGUUGUGGACCUCUUUUAUGCUAUGAUGCAAGAUGGGUUUUUACCCGAUGAUUUUUUGCUUCCAAAGAUUUUGCAAGCCUGUGCAAAGUGCUGGGAUUUUGAAACUGGGAGGUUGAUCCAUUCGUUGGUGAUUCGGAGCGGAAUGCACUCGGCUAUGCAUGUAAACAAUUCAGUUCUGUCUGUUUAUGCUAAGUGUGGGGAGAUGAGUUGUGCAAAGAAGCUUUUUAACUGUAUGGAUGAGAGGAGCAGUGUGACCUGGAAUGCAAUAAUAACUGGGUAUUGCCAGAAGGGUGAGAUUGAACAAGCUCAGAAAUAUUUUGAUGCAAUGCAGGAAGAAGGAAUUGAACCUGGUUUGGUAAUUUGGAACAUUUUGAUUGCCAGUUAUAAUCAGUUAGGGUAUUGUGAUAUUGCAAUGGAUUUAAUGAGGAAGAUGGAGAGUUUUGGGAUUACUCCAGAUGUAUAUACUUGGACUUCUAUGAUUUCUGGGUUGACUCAUAAGGGCAUGACAAUACAAGCUUUUGAUUUGUUAAGAGAGAUGUUUUUAGCAGGGGUUGAGCCUAAUAAUAUUACAAUUGCAAGUGCAACCUCGGCAUGUGCAUCCUUAAAAUCUCUGAAUAUGGGAUUAGAAAUCCAUUGUAUUGCUGUUAAGUUAGGUUUGGUUGACGAUGUGCUAAUUGGUAAUUCCCUGAUUGACAUGUAUUCCAAGGGUGGAAAUCUGGAAGCUGCUCAACACAUUUUUGAUAUGAUGUUAGAGAGAGAUGUUUAUUCUUGGAACUCAAUUAUUGGAGGAUAUAUCCAAGCUGGUUUCUGUGGCAAAGCCCAUGAAUUAUUUAUGAAAAUGCAGGUAUCUGAUUCACCACCACCUAAUGUUGUUACAUGGAAUGUAAUGAUCACAGCAUAUAUGCAGAACGGUGAUGUUGAUCAGGCGAUGGAUCUUUUUCAAAGGAUUGAGAAAGAUGGGAAAAUUAAACGAAAUGUAGCAUCAUGGAAUUCAUUAAUUUCUGGUUUCCUGCAAAGUGGACAAAAGGACAAGGCCUUGCAGAUAUUUCGGCAGAUGCAGUUUUCCCACAUAACCCCCAACUCAAUUACAAUGCUGAGUAUCCUUCAUGCCUGUGCUAAUUUAGUGGCCGGAAAGAAAGUAAAAGAAAUCCAUUGUUGUGCAGUGCGUCGAAAUUUAGUGUCUGAACUUUCUGUAUCAAACAUAUUCAUUGACAGUUACGCUAAGUCAGGAAAUAUAAUGUAUUCCAGAAAUAUUUUUGGUGGAUUGUCAUCAAAAGAUAUCAUCAGUUGGAACUCUCUGCUUGCAGGUUAUGUUUUACAUGGCUGUUCAGAGUCCGCACUUGAUCUUUUUUAUCAGAUGAGGAAGGAAGGACUUCAACUAAGUAGAGGUACUUUUGUAAAUGUUAUUUUAGCUUAUAGUCAAGCUGGAAUGGUGGAGGAGGGGAAGCGUGUUUUCUCUAGCCUCAGCGAAGAAUAUCAUAUUAGACCAGGUCUGGAUCAUUAUUUUGCUAUGGUCUAUUUGCUUGGUCGUUCAGGUAAGCUUGCUGAAGCACUAGAGUUUAUACAAAACUUGCCCAUUGAGCCUAAUUCCUCUGUAUGGGCUGCCUUGCUGACCGCAUGCAGAAUUCACAGGAAUUUUAGAUUGGCAAUCCUAGCAGCAGAGCGUUUGCUUGAGUUGGAACCUGGAAAUAAUAUAACUCAGCAUGUACUUUCACAAGCAUAUUCUUUAUGUGGAAUGUCUUGGGAUGCUCCAAAUAUGACAAAGCUGGAGAAAGAAAUGGCUGUUAAGAAACCUGUUGGGCAAUGCUGGAUUGAAAGGAAAAACAUGGUCCAUACUUUUGUAGUUGGAGAUCAGUCGAAACCAUAUUCAGACAAGCUACAUUCUUGGCUAAAAAGGGUAGCUGAAAAUGUCAAGGCAGAUAUUUCUGACAAUGGACUUUGCAUUGAGGAAGAAGAGAAGGAAAAUAAUAGUAGUGUACAUAGUGAAAAACUUGCAUUUGCAUUUGCUUUAACAGAUUCUCAUGAUGCUCCUCAAAUUUUACGGAUAGUAAAAAAUUUGAGAAUGUGUAGAGAUUGCCAUGACACAGCCAAAUACAUAUCGUCGGCAUAUGGGUGUGAAAUAUAUUUAAGUGAUUCAAAUUGCUUACACCAUUUUAAAGGUGGCCACUGUUCUUGUAGGGAUUAUUGGUAGAGCAAUAAGAUGUUAGAGAGAAUCAUUGAUGCCAGACAUACGGAAAUCUGUCAUGUAUUAUGGU